AUGCUAUUAUUAUUGUUAAAUUUUUAUUAUUUAUAAAAUUAUUUUUCUAAUAAGUAUUUUCUCAUUCAUCUCUUUAUCAAAAUUCAUUCAUUUUUUACUAAUAAUUAAUUAAUUAAUAAAAUAUUUUUUCUUCAAUAUUUAAAAAUUAGAAACGAAAUUGGUGAUUUUAAUGCAUCAGACUUAGGUUCUGCUUUAGCAAACUGUACUAAUCUCUCAAAUUUAAAACUUGAACUCUAGCUGAAUAAAAUUGGGGAUGACGAUGUUUUAAGCUUAGGUUCUGGAUUAGGAAAGUGUACUAAUCUCUCUAAUUUGACUUUUGACCUUGGUAACAAUUAAAUUGGUCCAAUAGGUGCAAUAGGCUUAGGUUCUGCUUUAGCAAACUGCAUUAUUCUCUCAAAUUUAACUCUUAAUCUUUGUGAAAAUUAAAUUGGUGAUGAAGGUGUUUUAGGCUUAGGAUUUGAUUUAGCAAAGUGCGCUAAUCUCUCAAAUUUGGCACUUAAUCUUUCUUAAAAACAGUUUAUUUGUUUUGCAAAUUAUUAAAAUAAAAUUGGUGACAAAGGUGCUUUAGGCUUAGGUUCUGCUUUAGAGAAACUUACUAAUCUCUCAAAUUUGGAACUUAAUCUGUCUUGUAAUUAAAUUGGUGCAAUUGGUGUUUCAGGCUUAGGUUCUGGUAUAGCAAAAUGCACUAAUCUCUCAAAUUUGGCACUUAAUCUUUCUUACAAUAAAAUUGGUGACGAAGGUGCAUUAGGCUUAGGUACUGCUUUAGCAAAUAACACUAAUCUCUAAAAUUUGACACUUUAACUCUAUUAAAAUUAAAUUGGUGAUACAUACAUACAUACAUACUCGCACAUGGUUACAUGCACUCGGGAUAGGGGCCCUAUAUAUAAUUACUUAUACAUUAUUAUUAUACGUAUACCAAUUUAUUUAUAUAUAAUUGUGGGUAAUAUAUUAGAAGGGAAGGGUCACCUACACCCUAAUGGCAUUUCUACUAAUCUUCCAUGA